AUGGUAUCAACCAUGGUGAAAGCUAACGCAAAGAAGGCGACAAUGGUCAAGGAUGUCGUUGGGAAGUGCACAAACAUGGGCGAUCCUUGUCCAACCCAACUUUUGAGUUGGAGGGCUGUUGCGUGCCGUAGUCGCCAUUCUCCGCUCCAUUCUCGUCGGACCGGCCUCGGAUUGCCGCAAUAUCGCUCACACUCACCAAGGUCCGGACGAGUACGCGAGAGCUUCCACCCUCUCGUCACACGUACGGCGCCCUCGUCACAAAGGACGUCGAGGGGGCGGGAGCGGGUACACGUAAUCUCAACGUGGGACGUCUCCAAGCCGUCGGUGGCAAAGUCGUCGGACCGAAACUUGAUCAAGACGAACGUCAUGGCCAUCCACUAUGGAAACAUCACCGCCAAGGACAACAGGCUCUUUGCCCAGGUGCUGCAUGAAACUCAACAGCUGAAAACCAUCACACGCAACUUAUUGCACACCUCCUUGGCACACAGGAAUUUCCAAGUUUGAGACCUGCUCCAGUAGUGACUUUCGGUUACCCCCGCAUCUGAAACACACGAUCUUCUUCGCAGCCAUAUCUAUAUUGUACCCUCGUCUGCAAUGCCCCACGUUCUGGAAAUUCGGAAACGAAUUCGCCUAACGCGACCCAUGAGCGCUUGCGUCUUAGGAGACCAACGACAAGCACCGGUUCGUCGAAACUCCUAGCGUCUUUGCCGGUGUAUACACGACCAAGGGCGACGCUAACUGGAAAUGUUCUCACUGGAAAUGUACAGUUAGGGGUGCCAAUCGGUCAAAUUUCCUUUAGAAAAUUUAUUCAAAAAGUGACCUGGAUCUUCCAGAUGGAAAAUCGCUCGAGCCAAUCAAAUCACAUAGAACGCUCCUGAGCAAUGCUGCACCCAGCGGCGCUCGCCGCCUCGCGCUGUCUACUUUCGAUCAACUCCUGCUCCUUUUCUACCAGCGCUUUCUGCGCGACGGCAACACCGCCCCUUUCGACCGCGCGCUGUGCGUGCGCUGCUCCGGUCGCGUCGGCAAAGGUCCGCCCCUCCCGCUCUACGUAUUUACGUUCGUUUUUCUGGAGGUUGCGACGAAAUCGAUUUUUUCCCCCCGCGCCGAAGGCCGAGCGUUUGCGUUUUUUGGGGACCUCGACCGCGGUGCUUGGCGUGCUUGACUGGCCAUUUUCAGACAUGCGGUUCUCGCUGGUAGUUUGUGCGAUUCUAGUUCGGUUUCUUGCGUUCUGUCGCUGAAAACCCGAGGCUGUGCGCUGCGGAUCCGCUGUUCUACGAUCACCAAACACGGCCACGAGCGUGAGCCUUCAAACCGAAUUUCAUAGGGUUUUCUGUGUUGUUCGCCCGCCCUUUGAACGUCAGUAGAAAACGAACCCGCAGUCACGUGUAGAUGACCUGUCUCCAGAUGUGUGUAACGUAUGAAGAGCCAGAUCGCUGCCUGGACGCAGGGACUCUUGAACAAACAUACGGAUG